UCACUGAUUUGUCAAAUGCUUUUCAUUCCCAUUUAUGUUAUGGAUUAUAUUAGGCUGGAUCAUCUUCAAUGUCUGUGGAUUUAGACGGUUGGGAUGUUCUUGAAAGCUUGGAACAGUUGAUAGUUAAAGGCUUUGAACAGUGCCAUUACUGUCAAAUGUAGAGCAUCUGACUGCACAAUCUUUGUCAGAAUUGAGAUGGAUAGGAAAAUUCCCCACACAUUCUGUCAGCUUCCAAAGUUUAUUGGUUUUAGAAAUAGUUGGUUGCCAUCAAUUGAAACAUCUCUUCCCACUCUCCGCCAUUCAAACCAUAAGGAUGCUGCAAGAACUCGGAAUAAACAAUUGCAAGGAACUGAAAAGUGUUUUCAUGGAGUUGGAAAGUAUCGAAGAUGAUAAAACAGAAUCCAGCACAAUAUACUUGCUGCCACACUUGAAAACUAUGAACAUGUCUUGGUGCCCCAAUGCAGAAUCUGUUUUCCCACUUGGUUUGGCUGGAGGUCUGCCUUGCCUACAAGAGAUAGGUCUACGUUAUUCAACAAAUCUGGGCAGUUUUUUUUGGCAGAAAAAUAAUAUUAUGGAAGCACCAGCUUUGGAAAAUUUACAAGUUAUCAGAUGUCAUCGGUUUGCAAUCAUUAUUCAGAAAGAAGCAAACAAGUCCGCUUCAUUAAAGGAAUUGUAUUUAAACCCCAAUUCUUGCAACAUGGAGAGCGUGCCAUUGGGACAAAUAUCUCCUGGGUUGGAACAUUUAACUAUAGGAAACUUUAAACAACUCUUUCAGUUUCAAAGUGGAUAUUCCAUCUCAAAUCUGGAGUGCCUGAACAUCUCCGAUAUGAUUUGGCUACGAGAUCUAUGGAAGGGUCACAUCGCAUUUGCAACAAAUCUCAUAGAGUUAGCCAUAGAAUCCUGCAAUGGCUUGACAUACAUCUUUCCAAUGAUACUCAUCCAAAAUUCACCACAUUUGAACCGCCUAAGAAUAAGCUACUGUGAGACGCUGGAGCAGAUAAUUGCCAUUGAUGACAUUUUGGGAUCCUCACUAGCAUCAAAAGGUCUACCCUUUGAGAAUAAAAUGGAAUUCCCACAAUUAGGGGAAAUGUAACUCAUCGGAUUGCCAAGUCUCGUGAGCUUCAGUCCUUUGGGUUAUCAUCUGGUAUUCCCAUGUUUGAAACUUCUCACUUUGACGAAAUGUUAAAAGAUGAUCACAAGCUUCACUGAUGAUUAUUUAACAUUGCCUGUGCAUGGUAAAACUAAUCAGGCAUCCCAGGUAGAUGGUGGUAGUCCCUGGCAAGAAGAUACAUUAUGGGAAAAGCGUAAACCUGGCUCACUACCUCAGCAUGUAGAAGAAGCCGAACAAGAAAUGUCAACAUUGAAGUGAAAAAUGUUGAAUGCUAAGGGAAUGUCAGAUGA